UGAUGACAUCGAUACUGGUUCGGGUUCCGGAAUCUCUUGUUCCCGAUCCAUCUGGUUCCAUUUCCCCUCCUCUUUGGGAUUUGCGCGCCUGCGACGAUUAUUGACUGCUGGACCCCCUCUUCUCUUCUCUUCUCUUCUUAGUCGCUGAUGCGUUUGUCAUCGAUCAUCCCAUUCACUGAUUUAUCAUCCUCAAGGUCGAGACUCACCUCAUCAACUACAUAUCUACUUGCGCAUUCCCUGGUACCAGUCCGAUUCAUCAGAACUACUACUCCUACUGGUCCAUAUCACCUUGCGACAUCACUGCGAUCAAGCCACCGGAACAUUUUUCCUCUCCAGCGCAUUCACUCUCCACCAUCCCUUUCGUCACAUUCAUCAAGACUACUAUCAACCAUGUCUUCUGCGACUACCUUUUACGACUUUGAGCCCGUCGACAAAAAGGGCUCCCCCUUCCCCCUCACCGACCUCAAAGGCAAAGUCGUCCUCGUCGUCAACACCGCCUCCAAGUGCGGCUUCACGCCUCAGUUCCAAGGCCUCGAGAAGCUCUACCAGGACAUCAAGUCUAAGCACCCGGAAGACUUCACCAUCAUCGGAUUCCCCUGCAACCAGUUCGGAAGCCAGGACCCCGGAACCGACGACGAAAUCCAGUCCUUCUGCCAGAUUAACUAUGGAGUGACCUUCCCCGUGCUGGGCAAGUUGGACGUGAAUGGCGACAAGGCCGCGCCGGUGUGGACAUGGAUGAAGGAGCAGCAGCCCGGUCUGUUGGGGCUGAAGCGCAUCAAGUGGAACUUUGAGAAGUUCUUGAUCUCGGCGGAUGGAAAGGUUGUGGGUCGCUGGGCUAGUUUGACCAAGCCCGAGUCGUUGGAGGAGCCGAUUCUGAAGGAGAUCGAGAAGGCAAAGAAGGAGGGCUCCUUGGCUUCGUUGAAGAAGGAGGAGGCGACUGCUUAAUUUGUGUGCCGCUGGUGUGAGAUGAUAUAUAUAUUAUUUUCGUGUGAGAGGACGGGUGUUUGGUUGGGAUGAUACCAUGCAGCAGUAGCUGCUGCUGCUGUCUUUUAUACUAUACUGAGUAUUAUAUAAUGGCUGUUACGCUACACUAGGCGACUGGUGGUUGCGAAACGAAACUCUUCAACUGCCGAGUUCUGGACAGUGUCGUUAAUUUCAUAUCAAUUCAUAUGCUAAUCUAA